CGUUUCCCACAGUGCCCUGCGGGAGGGCUCACCCUACUUCACCCCUUUCCUUGUAGCCUCCCGUCCGGGAGACUACGACUCCCAGCGUCCUCCGGGAGGCAGCGGCGGCGCGGACGACGCCCGGGCCCCGCCCCUCGUUACGGCCCCGCCCCCGCCCGCCAAAGUCUGCGCGCGAAUUCCGUGGCGCGAAUUGAGGGCUGCGGUCGGGCGCCGAGCGGUUCCGGGUGUGACGCGCAGGACAGUGGCACGCGGGGCUGGCGAGAGGAGCAUCUGGCUGCAGACGAGGAGGAGGAAAGGGGAAGGGAGAAUUCCGACCCAUCAUGCAGCGGAGUAUCAUGUCAUUUUUCUGCCCCAAGAAUGAGGGCAAAGUGAAAAAGCCAGAGAAGGAGACCUCCAACAGCGUCAGAGAGACAGAGCCACCUCCAAAGGUGGCGCUGAAGGAGCGCAACGGAGAGGUGCCUGAGAGCGAUUCUCCAGUGAAGAGGCCAGGGCGGAAGGUGGCCCGGGUCCUGGGCAGUGAAGGGGAGGAGGAGGACGAAGCCGUCAUGCCCUCCAAAGGCCAGAAGCCUGCCCCUAGCUCUCCACAAGUCUCCCCUCCCAGCCCUGUCACAUUUCCCGAGAGCAGCCCCUCCCUCUCCAGCUCUCCUGUGGACAUCUCCCCAGCAGGGAUCCCGAAGCGGCGCACAGCUCGGAAGCAGCUUCCUAAGCGGACAAUACAGGAUGUCCUGGAGGAGCAGGGCAAGGAUGAGGACAGAGAGGCCAAGAGGAAGAAGGAGGAAGAAGCUGAGACCCCACCGGAAGGCCUCACAGAGCCUGAAGUGACCCAAAAGAAAGAAGCAGAAGGGGAGGGCCAGCCAGUGACGCCCCCUGAGCACCCAGAGACCUCCUCAGUGGAGCCCCCGCCAGACAGAGCCUUGGAGCCUGAGGUGGCGGAGAAGCGGGAGGCUCGAGAGGAGGACCCGGCCAAGCCGCCCGCCAAAGCGCCCAAGACGGUCAGCAGCUUCUUCGCCCCCCGGAAACCGGCAACCAAGAAAGAAGGGAAAGAAGAGGGACCUGGCACAGCAAGACAGGAGGAGGCCAAGGGGCCCCUGGACCCCCCCAGCUACAAUCCUGCCAAAAACAACUACCAUCCCAUUGACGACGCGUGCUGGAAGCCAGGCCAGAAGGUCCCUUACCUGGCUGUGGCUCGGACAUUUGAGAAGAUUGAGGAAGUUUCUGCUCGGCUCCGGAUGGUGGAGACGCUGAGCAACUUGCUGCGUUCCGUGGUGGCCCUGUCACCUCCAGACCUCCUCCCCAUCCUCUACCUCAGCCUCAACCGCCUCGGGCCACCCCAGCAGGGCCUGGAGCUUGGUGUCGGUGACGGCGUCCUCCUCAAGGCGGUGGCCCAGGCCACGGGGCGGCAGCUGGAGUCUGUCAAGGCCGAGGCAGCCGAGAAGGGCGACGUGGGGCUGGUGGCCGAGAACAGCCGCAGCACCCAGAGACUCAUGCUGCCCCCGCCCGCUCUCACUGCCACCGGGGUCUUCACCAAGUUCCAAGACAUCGCCCGGCUGGCCGGCAGCGCUUCCACAGCCAAGAAGAUGGACGUCAUCAAAGGCCUCUUUGUCGCCUGCCGCCACUCGGAAGCCCGAUACAUCGCCAGAGCCUUGAGCGGCCGGCUGCGCCUCGGGCUGGCGGAGCAGUCGGUGCUGGCCGCGCUCGCCCAGGCCGUGAGCCUCACGCCCCCAGGCCAAGAAUCGCCCCCGGCCGUCGUGGAUGCUGGGAAGGGCAGGACAGCGGAGGCCCGAAAGACGUGGCUAGAGGAGCAAGGCAUGAUCCUGAAGCAGACGUUCUGCGAGGUGCCCGACCUGGACCGGAUCAUCCCUGUGCUGCUGGAGCACGGCCUGGAGCGCCUCCCAGAGCACUGCAAGCUGAGCCCAGGGGUUCCCCUGAAACCAAUGCUGGCGCACCCCACCCGUGGUGUCGGCGAGGUCCUGAAACGCUUCGAGGAGGCAGCUUUCACCUGCGAGUACAAAUACGACGGGCAGAGGGCGCAGAUCCACGUCCUGGAAGGCGGGGAGGUGAAGAUCUUCAGCAGGAAUCAGGAAGACAAUACCGGAAAGUACCCGGACAUCAUCAGCCGCAUCCCCAAGAUUAAACUCCCGUCAGUCACAUCCUUUAUCCUGGACACGGAAGCCGUGGCUUGGGACCGGGAAAAGAAGCAGAUCCAGCCAUUCCAAGUGCUUACCACCCGCAAACGCAAGGAGGUGGACGCGGCAGAGAUCCAGGUGCAGGUGUGUCUGUACGCCUUCGACCUCAUCUACCUCAAUGGACAGUCCCUGGUGCGUGAGCCGCUUUCCCAACGCCGGCAGCUUCUCCGGGAGAACUUCGUGCAGACGGAGGGCGAGUUUGUCUUCGCCACCUCCCUGGACACCAAGGACACGGAGCAGAUCGCCGAGUUCCUGGAGCAGUCUGUGAAAGAUUCCUGCGAGGGGUUGAUGGUGAAAACCCUGGACGUCGAUGCCACCUACGAGAUCGCCAAGAGAUCCCACAACUGGCUGAAGCUGAAGAAGGACUACCUCGAUGGUGUGGGCGACACCCUGGACCUCGUGGUGAUCGGUGCCUACCUGGGCCGUGGCAAGCGGGCCGGCCGCUAUGGGGGCUUCCUGCUGGCUGCCUACGACGAGGAGAGUGAGGAGUUCCAGGCCAUAUGCAAGCUCGGAACUGGCUUCAGUGACGAGGAGCUGGAGGAGCAUUACCAGAGGCUCCAGGCCCUGGUGCUGCCCACCCCACGCUCCUAUGUCCGGGCGGACGGCGCCGUGGCCCCCGACCACUGGCUGGACCCCAGCGCCGUGUGGGAGGUGAAAUGUGCCGAUCUGUCCCUGUCCCCCAUCUACCCCGCUGCCCGGGGCCUGGUGGAUGGUGAGAAGGGGAUCUCCCUUCGCUUCCCUCGGUUUAUCCGCGUCCGUGAAGACAAGAAGCCCGAGGAGGCCACCACCAGUGCCCAGGAAAGACCCCUGGGACAAGAUGAGAUCGAAGAGCUUCAGGAAGCAUUUCUUGAGUUUGACAAGGACAGAGAUGGGUUCAUCUCCUGUAAGGAUUUGGGGAAUCUCAUGAGGACAAUGGGUUACAUGCCCACGGAGAUGGAGCUGACUGAACUGGGCCAGCAAAUCCGCAUGAACUUAGGUGGCCGUGUCGACUUUGACGAUUUUGUGGAGCUCAUGACUCCUAAACUGCUUGCAGAAACAGCAGGGAUGAUCGGUAUCCAGGAGAUGAGAGACGCCUUCAAGGAAUUUGACACCAACGGAGACGGGGAGAUCACCCUCGGGGAGCUGCAGCAGGCCAUGCAGAGGCUCCUGGGAGAGAAGCUCACGCCCCGAGAGAUCUCGGAGGUUGUGCAGGAGGCCGACGUGAACGGAGACGGUACCGUCGACUUUGAAGAGUUUGUGAAGAUGAUGUCUCGCUGAGGAGGUUCUGGAAGCCCCGUUCCCUCCCCACCUGGCCAAUGUGGAUCAAGCACUUGCUGAGGACCAAAUCCCACCUGGGCCCUUCCAGGAGAGAGGGUGGGAGGGUGCGUGGUGACUGGCCCCACAGAGCAUGAGCUGAGGCUAGCCUGAAAGUGAUCGCUUUGCCCGGAUGGUGGGGUGGGGUGAGGGGCACCUCUCUAGAAUGAGAUUAAGAAGGAAGAGUCUACGUAUGGAAAUGAGAUUGGGACUAGGGUCAGUGCCGCUCCCCCAAUUCCAAAGGUUCAUGACAUCUUUUGACUGCGUAAUCCCUAAUGCCUAUGACCCUCCAGAGUCUCUUCCCCAGCGUCCUCUUGGGUCCAACUCCCAAAAAAGUUCAGCCUGUAGUCCACCCUUCCCCGUUGUUGCUUCCGAUCUCCUCAGUUUCUUUCUGUCAGUAAGAGAGAGGCAUGCCAAUCUUGGGGCUACAAACGGGGUUCCUGAUAAGACUGGGCUUGGAAAUGGUUAAUU